AAUUCUGCCUGGUAGCACUCAUUGAUGUGUAUUUUAUUACAGUGGAGCUGUAUGCCACAGACGGAAAUUAAACAAGCGUGCUUUUAUUUUGAAGGCUCCCGUGAGCGGGAAGCAGUGUUUUCCGGUGUGUUGUCAUGACAGCGCUGUUGCAGCUGCUGCCAGCGCCUCCACUGCCACCGUGUACCAAACUGACAGCAGCCGGGAUGACACUGUGGGUAACACACACACACGCACACACACACCGCUGCUCUAUAAAACCAGGGACACACACUCACAGACACAAACACACUCACAGAGACACAACGAGCGGACGGAAACUUUCUACCUGAACGAUGGGCGUCAUCAUCUCACACAUCUUCUCCAGGUUCACCUCCAAGAAACCUGUCAGGAUUUUAAUGGUGGGCCUGGAUGCAGCAGGUAAAACAACUCUGCUGUACAGACUGAAGCUGGCGGAGGUUGUCACCACCAUCCCAACUAUCGGUUUUAACGUGGAGACAGUGGAUUAUAAGAACAUCAGUUUCACAGUUUGGGAUGUUGGUGGUCAGACUGUCAUCAGACCUCUGUGGAGACAUUACUUCACUAACACACAGGGUCUGAUAUUCGUUGUCGACAGCAACGACCCAGAGAGGAUUAAAGAAGCUGCUGAUGAGCUGCACAGGAUGCUGGAGGAGGAUGAGCUGAGGGGCGUGGCCCUACUGGUGUUUGCCAACAAACAGGAUUUGCCCAGAGCCAUGUCUGUCAGUGACAUCACCGAGGCCCUGGGCCUAUCAGGAGUCUCACAGCCGUGGUUCGUCCAGGCGUCCUGUGCCGUCAGCGGUUCAGGUCUGAUCGAGGGUCUGGACUGGCUUUCUGACCAGAUCCUAAAAAUGUAGUUGCUGAUGUGACGCCGACACGUUGGGCAGUUUGCUGAGACCUGAGCCGAGGCGGUGUCUCCAGGAGGAACAUGAAGGAUCCCUCACAUAUGAAGACAUGUUAUUGCUGCGUUUGUAGCACAUGGAAAAUCUUGUAAAUCCCAGCUUCUUUCUGGAAAACAUGUCACAAUUUACAGUUUAUGCCACAUUCAGGUCAUUUUAAAAGAAACAUAAAGAUGAGAUUAAAGGUCAGAACAACAUAAAAUACUAUAUAAGUUAUAUGUAUACAGAGAUGUUUUCAGCUUGAAGGGAUAGUCUGCUGUUACACUGCAGUGGAGGGUGUAAAACUUUAUAUCUGUGUGCCUCUGAAGCCUUCCUACAUGUCCUGCUACUUUAUCAUUUUAUUGCACAAGGCAGAUGUUAAUGUCUUUAUAUUGUUUCUCAUACUGAUAGUAAACCCAGUGUGAUGCGAACUGAUCUUUGGAGCUGAUUGUCUCUGAUGUCAGCAGAGAGUAAAGUGUAGAGUCAAUCAAACCAACAUCAUGAUAAUUCAUUAAUUACAGUUCACCGCAGCAGUGAAGUUGAAUGUUUAAUAUCUAAAUGCAAAGCUUUAUAAUGCUGAUAAAGAGUGUCCACAGAUGGCCAUAGGAGUAUCCGGUUAUCCUGGGAAUCUUGGGACUCUCAUGUUAGGAAGUUUUGUUUGAGACAAUCAGGUGGAAAACAAAUUGAAUUGCACUGAUUCUUUUAAUCUUACAGUUAAUAUUUAGUUUGUCACCUGUCAGUGAUUUUACACUUUAAAUAAACUUGUAUUGUUUUAUCCUUUUA